AUGUCGACUCAAGUCACGACUCCUUUUGGCUUGGAUACGCUCAAUGUAGCGCCAGAGGUAACUUCCUUCAAUCCUCACACCGACAAAACAUUCAAUUGACAUGCGUACAGGGAACCAAGCUAUUCGUAAGUCGUGCAAUCCUUCUCAUCCCAACCAGAACUCACCCUCACCUCUCCCACGCAGCUCCUCCACCUGGGCAACAUCGAAGCGGACGAAGGCUGGUUCAUGCGCGGAGCCAACACCAGCACCGCCUCCAACCCCAACCCAACCUCCGGCCGGCGCAAGGGCGUCAUCAUUGGCGUCCUCAUCGACCACCCCACCGAAGGCCUCCUCCUCUUCGAGACGGGCGGCGGACAGGACUACCCGGAAGUCUGGGGCGCUCCCCUCAACGACAUCUUCGCCCGCUGCGACUACACGCCGGACCACGAACUGCCCGCGCAGAUCGCCAAGUGCGGCUACGACAUCAAGGACAUCCGCGCCGUCAUCAUGGGCCACCUGCAUCUCGACCACGCCGGCGGGCUGGAGAAUUUCAAGGGCACCGGCGUGCCCAUCUACAUCCACGAAAAGGAACUCAAGCACGCCUGGUUCUCCGUCGCCACCAAGUCCGACCUCGGCGUCUACCUCCCCAAAGACCUGUCCCUCGACUUGAACUGGAAGGCGUUCUAUGGGAAGUCUCUGGAAAUCGCGCCGGGCAUCACGCUCAGGCAUGCGCCCGGGCACACGCCCGGGUUGUGCAUCAUGCAGGUGAAUCUGAAAGGGGGCGCGUGGCUGUGCACGACGGAUCAGUACCAUGUGUAUGAGAAUUGGGAAUCGGAUGUGCCGCAGGGGUGGUUGGCGAGGGAUCAUGAUGAUUGGUGUGAGAGUCAUCAGAUGAUCAAGGCUUUGCAGAAGGUGAGUCCCUCGCCCUUUCAUUCCCAUGCUCUCUCUCCUUGUUGAAACACGACUGACGAAUGCGUGUGUGUGAUUCAGCGCACGAAUGCGAAUAUGGUCUUUGGCCAUUGCGCGGACACUUUUUUCAAAUAUAAACUCGCUCCACAUGCGUAUACGUAG